AUGGCUUCGCAUCAAAUUCCUAUGGCAAAUGACAUGCCGCAGGAAAGCAAUCACGGAAAUUCUAUACCACUUGCCAGACUUAUGGAUUUUAUGAUCCAAAAAACUUAUGAUGAGUUAAUUGUUCUAUCUGACACAUUAGGAAGUCACUCGGAUAUGGAAAGAAAAAUUUCUAUUUAUAAGUAUGCUGAAAAAUCAAGAAUCUUAUUCACUAAAUUAUUGGCGUUAGUUAAAUGGGCGAACAAUAUUUCAAAAGUUAACAACGCUGCGUCAGCAAUAACUCAACUCGAUAAUCGAUCUCUAUUAUUUGCGGAUACUGCCGACCAAUUGGCAAGAUUAUCAAGAGAAACUUUGGUUACAGCAAGUCUUCCGAAUUUCGAUAUAGUAGCAGCUACAGAAGUUCUGACAACAGGAACUUUCAAACGUCUUCCAGCAUGUAUCAAAGAUAGAAUUGUUCCAAGUGACCCAAUAACCCCUGCAGAAAAAAAAUCAACAUUGCAAAGAUUAAGUCAAGUCAUACAGCAGCGAUUAGUUACCGAAAAAUUGCUUCCCCAAAUGCUUGACAUAAAAAUAGAAGCUGGAAGAGUAACUAUUCAUGUUCCUAAUGAAUUUUCAAUGUGUCUGACACUUAUGGGCGAUGGACCUGAUGUCCCAUGGCGUUUGUUAGAGCUUGAGUUUCUUGUAUCAGAUCGAGAAACUGGAAGUGGAACCGCCUUAGUUCAUCCUUUACAGAACAAAUAUAUGCAUCAGCUCGUGCAAGCAAGGCUUCUAGAGACUCCAAAUUUACUGACUGACGCUUAUUACGUCUUACACAAUUUUUGCCAAUCUCUCCAACUUGAAGUACUUUACUUACAAACACUUCGUUUGAUGCAAGAUAGAUUGAACAAUGACAUUCAAGUUGAUCAAUAUAAACCCGGUGAACGUUUAACAGUAUCAUACUGGAGAGAGCUCACGAUAAAAUAUCCAGAAUUAAAACUUUGUUACAAACUAACUGUUCAUAUGGACCAAGAAAAUCAAGCUGAACCUCUCGGAGUUAUUAAUAUUCCUUCUUUUGGUAUCAAGGAAAAUGGAAUAGCCGAUCGAAUGAUUAACGGCGACCAGCUAUCAAUGGAAUCUUUACUUGUUCAUACUAUUAAUGCCAGAACAUAUAUCAGGCUUUCAGAACUGAAGCUAGAUCUUCAAAAUAUGAUAAAAAAUGUUGAGUGUUCCCUGGCAGGCUUUCCAACAAUUUUAUCCGUCAAAGUUCUUCAACCGUGUUUGCCAGCGGAGCUUCUUAAUAUUAGUAUCAAUACUUACACGGGUAUGUUACAGUGUAAUAUUGAAGAAUACGAAGCUCAACUCGUUUCAGAAUUAUCAGCUGCUGUCAACGACGAUCGUUCCCGAUUACCAGUAUUGAUUUCCGAUCUGAGGUUUUGGAUUACUCAACGAAGAUGUAAAAAGACUCUACAACAUUUACCUGUAACAACACACGACCAAGCUCCCAUUAUUUUUGAACCUAAUCAUCCAAUGAUUACAAAUGGCAAACGGCGGGUGUUUGUUAAAUUUGAAAAACAUCCUUCCGUAAUUUUAAUUGUCGAAUUCAAAGAGAAAGAAUCAUUUUCCGGUGAAAUGGAGUAUACUUAUCAUUUAGCUGCUGUAAGGUCUUGCCUGAUGGACAGGGCUUUUCAAAAUAAUAAACACAACGACAGUUUUGAUAAUGAUAUCCCGAAGCUGCAUUACAGAGUAGAAAGUCUGACAGAAUUUGAUACAUUUGUUGUUACUCAUGGACCAAAUAUGAAUAUUGACAUUGAUUUAUCUUCAGGAGGAACCAAGCGACCAAAUUUUGAGCCAUCUAGUCAGGAUGUUGAGCUAGUUACAUCACAAAGUAAAAAGAUGAAACAUUCUGCUUAUUUCAUCCCAGAAUUAGCUUACGUGGUUGCACUUUGUGAUGAGAGAAUUCCAUUCGUUUCUUUAGCUCACGAGCUUAACAAACGAGGUAUACCUCAUCAAGGGCUUCAAGUUGACACUAAUGCCACUGCUAUAGUACUUAAGAUACUUCAACUACCAUCUCCAUCAUCAGAUCCAAAUAUUGUUACUGCUUGGAAAUCAUUAAUGAAGCGAUUGCUCGGUAUUUCAAUUCGUAUGCGAAGCAAGGACAGCACCAUGAGUUUGAUGGUAGAAUUUGUAUUUUACAGCAGUCCUUUAACCACUAGUCAUCCAAAAGAACAAGUUCCAAGAAGACCAGUUUAUUGUUCAUACUUCGUAAGAAUGGCUGAAGCCUUAUCAAUCACCGUAAAUUCGUUAUUGGAGGAUUGGGAAAAAAUGGUCCAUCUCUACUCAAUUGUCGACAAUUUUUCAGCGUACCUCAACACUGAAAAGCAUGAUUUGAAAGAUAUUGUUGAUGUAAAAUCUUAUACGUACAAUCAACUAGUUCUAGGUUACGGUCCUGAUCACAAAUACAGAGUAACCAUAUAUUGGAGUAUAAGUGAUAAAUCUUUUAAACUUGAUUUUAUUAAAAGCCUAGCAACCACAUCGAUUAAUGGACACUCAUUGCUAAAAAAUCAACUUGAAGCUCAUUUAAAUCGCCACCAUAACUUAGCACAAUUAAUCCAGAUUCUACAUGAGACGUUGCAGCCUUGCAUUUCCAUCAAUAAGUUAUCCACGAUGCCUCAAGUGGGUAUAAUCUACAACAGAAGCUCAGUUCCAAUUAAGACUUUUACAAUCAUAGCCCAAUGUCCUACAAUUGUUAGGAUAUAUUAUCAAGCAACGUAUUGUUUAGAAGUGAGAUUCCGAGACAAUGGGUACGUUACCAUACGAGAUGGCACCUACAGUCGAUUUGACCGAAGUAAUGUAAUAAAUGAAUUCACGCCUACUCAAGGUCUGAAGACAUUCUUGUCAAAGUAUGAAGAAACACCACAGUUCAAACAACAUUCUCAAACCGAGGAUGAUAACCCACCAUCUCCAAUUUCCAUGGACAUAGAUGUCGGAAAUGGAUUUAUGAGUCGCCAUCAAACUAAUUCUAUAUCACCAGCUAAGCGUGACAGUUUGAGAUUUCGUCAUAAUCCUUUAACACCUCCUUCUGCCAGCAACCCUCAUACUCCAGCCAGUCCUCACACAAUGAACAUGCAAGCUACUCAACAUCAAAAUUAUGUCAACAGUCCCGCUGCAUCCUAUAAUCUAUCACCAUCUUCAAUGCCUCCAAACACUCCUAACAUGAUGCCUCAUCCGUCACCUGGUUCUGGAUUCGUACCGAGCAGUCCUAUGAAUAUUAUUCACGCACCAAGUCCAGCUAAUUACAUUGACGCACCUUUGACGAGUCCUUUUUCAUCUCAAACUAUGACUUCUCCUGCUGCGUCAAAUUGGCCUGCAUCUCCUAGUGUCCCGAAACCUUCACCAGUACGACCUGGUCAAAGUCCAGGAUGUAUUGCUGGACCAAGUUCAGCUCCAGACUACAGAGCUGGUGGUCAUGUGUCCAGAGUUUUGCCUCAAAAAGCUUGGGCCGGAGCAGUUCCGACAUUUUUGUCGCACCAAACUUUUGAUUUACUUUGUACGCCUUCAGUUCAUCCUUCAGGAGUUCCCGGAAUGCAUAUUCCUCCUCUGGAAAGAUUCUUGGCAUGUGUUUAUCUAAAGCGACAACUUCAGCGAUUUCUUCAAAAUGAUAGUGCUUUUACUCUCUGCAAUGGUACAGAGCCUGGUGCUGUAUACUUCAAAGUUGAAACUUUGCAAUGUCGUAUUGCUUUAAACAAUCAGCACAUGCAGUCUCUUCACAUUAAAAUGCAACCGAUUUCUGAGCAUAAAGACAAGUGGACUGGUGAAGAGAUACAAAUAUAUGAAAGAUUUUUUGAUAUUAAUGCUUCUUCUACGCCUUAUAAGGCUAGCCCGAUUGUGUGUUUAUGUAAAAUGCUAUCUCUUCCUAUCAAUAUUCUCAAAGAUUUUAUACAAAUAAUGAAACUAGAACUGAAUUCUCAUGAACAACAAUACCAAUCGAAUUGGUCUGUUCAGUGGUCUUUAAAAAUUCCACCUUCACUUACACCAGCCAUGUUGCCUUAUGGAGCACCAGCAAUUAUUUAUCAAGCUAAUAAAAUACUGUUUUUCUUAAAAAUCACAAAAAUCGAAAAUCAAAAUGAAACUAAACGAGAAACACCGUCGUUAAUUUUACCACUACUUUAUGAUUGUUCGACUAACAUAAUGAAUCUUUUUGAAAAAAAAAAUCCUGUUCCAAAACCAAUACUAAGUGCUGUAUCAAUGCACCUCAAGAGAUUUGCAGAAUUCACAAAACUACAAGUGUGUUCUAUUUUUCCAGCGGUUAGAAAUCUUAUAAUAGACUUUACGCUGCCAUCUGAACAACCAGUUACGUCACAGGCUCCCGUAGCAACGACAAUAAAUAGUCAAGUGAGCCAAGUGAAAUCGGCACAGCAAGUUCGUACUCCGGCUACUUAA